CUUGUUCAACACCACGAACAAGUGGGAAAGGCCUUCCAGGAACUGCAAACGCAGAAAAAGGCUCUGGCAGCUGAUUUAGAGAGAAAUAAACCAAGAAAUAGAGGAACUGAACAGCAAUGCCCAGGUACUCACCAACCUUGUGAAAACCAACGAAAAAGUGAUUGCAGAUCUGAAGAAAUCCCUCGUCAUGGCAAAAACCCAUAGAUUGGCAAUGCGGGAGGAGAUACCUAGUUUGCAGGCUACUAAUGCGGUAGCAGUAGAUGAGGAACCUGGGAAGCAGAAAGCCCAUUGCGCCAGCACACAGCCUUGAAAGCAUCCAUGAAUGCUACAGUAGAGUACUUGCCAUCCUCUUACAUCCAACCCCCUCCCCCACCUAGUAAAAAUGAAUGAACCCUUAAGAGUCUAAAUUUAAUGCAAGUUUUUAUGAAUAAACCAUUACAUAAUUAAAGCCUUCUAGAUAAUACUUCACCAUCAGAUGAUGACGAUGACAAUGACAAUGAAGAUGAAGGGGCCAGGAAGGAAAAAAAAAAAGGACAAGAGGACCCACAAGGAAGGAAGGGAAAAGAAAAAACUGGCAGAUUCAACCAGUAG